AUGGCGCACAACGACGUGGCUGGGCUAUUGCAGAGACAUGGUUACAAAGAGCUCAAAAAGGUAGGGGAAGGAUCUUUUGGGAAGGCCCUGCUGGUUCAGUCAGACGACGGCUCCAAGCUCAUCUGUAAAAUGGUUGACGUGAGCAAAGCGUCGAAGAAGGAGCAGGCGGAUGCCGUAAAGGAGGGCCGGCUGCUCGCCAAGCUGAACCAUCCAUACAUCGUGCGAUACCGUGAGAAUUUUCAGCAAAGCGGUUGGCUAUGCAUCGUGAUGGAUUACUGUGAGGGGGGAGACCUUACAGGGCGGAUCAAGGAGGCGAAGAAGAACCGGCAGUCCAUUCCGGAAGGUCAGGUAUUGCGGUGGUUCACUCAGGCCAUUAUGGCGCUCAACACGGUGGCGGAUAUCCAUGAUAAGCAUAUUCUCCAUCGAGACCUCAAGCCAGGGAAUUUCUUCCUAUCCAAGGACGGUGUAAUGAAAAUGGGCGACUUUGGUAUAGCGAAAGUGCUGGCUUGCACUAUCGCAGUGGCACAGACUCAAAUCGGAACACCGUAUUACCUGAGCCCUGAGCUCUGCCAAGAGAAACCGUACGCGUGGUCUUCGGACAUAUGGGCGAUGGGCUGCAUACUGUACGAGCUAUGUGCUUUGAAGGUUCCCUUUGAUGCAGCGAAUAUCCCUAGUUUGGUGCAGAAGAUAUGCAAAGGAGCACUGCCACACUUACCUGAGAAUACCUAUUCUGCGUUCGUUCGACAGUUGGUCAUCAGAUUGUUGAACAGGGACCCCAAGCUGCGACCCAGCACUGAUGACAUAUUGGAGUUGCCCAAGAUCAAGGAUAUUAUGCGAGAGAUGCUUGACGAGUGUCGAGAGAAGGCCGUCGAAGCCGAUGCCACGUCCGCGCCUUACCAAGACAGGGCUGGCAAGUAUUGCAAGGGUGACAUGGUGGAGUACCACUCUGCUGCCCACAAGGACUGGCUGCCCGCCGUGAUCAUCGAUGUGGAUGACAGUGGCAAGAUCGUUAUGGACCUGAAGCCGAACACUUGGGUGGGUGUUGCGGAGCAGGCAGUGAAGAUCAGGCCUCGAGAGGACCACGCCAGCGCUGAGCCCGUGCCCGACACGACUGCCCAGGGCGGAGGAAGGCGCCCUUCUGGCGCGCCAGCUGCGCCAAGCAAACGCGCGGGGUCCCGCGCAGCUUCUCCGGCGCCAGCUGCCAUGGGGAAGUCGCCCUCGCAGAUCCCUUCUGGGCCGACCACCUACUGCAAGGGCGACCCGGUCGAAUACCAUUCCUCUUCCCACGGGGAUUGGUUACCAGCGGUGGUCAUCAUGACGAACGACGAAGGCGAUUUAAUCAUCGAUCUAAAGCCUAAUACGUGGAUACCAAAAGCGGAGCAGGCUGGCAGAGUGCGCCGGGCGGCCCCGCCAGCUCGGAGCUCGAGGGCGCCGAGCCCCAUGCCCGGGACGGGCGCGGGCCGCCCCGGCGCGCCGCCGCGCGGGCGAGAAAGCCCGCUGCUGCGCGGCGGCGCGGCGAUCGUGGGGAAGUGA